AUGGCCCUUCUGCAGGUCUCCAGGGUGUGUGAGCAGUUGGGAAUGUUCUUCCUUUUGGACCUGGACUUGCAUCAUGUCCCCCAUCUUCCAGAAGUUCAGGAUCAUGAUGACCUGGAGGUGCUCAAGCUGAUGGAGGGAAAGUUGAAGAGGGGUGACAGACGACCUGCCUGGCCAAGGAUUCCCCCUCUGGACAAAGUGGAACAAUUUCCCAUUGGCAGCAGACUGACAUGGGCCAAAUUGACAAGGACCAUCCAACUGCAGCCUUGGUUGAUCAUGCAGGACUGGAAGUGGUCAGCCCAACUGUCCAGUCUGGGGCCAGUGGUAGGGAAACUUUUUGUUCUGUUUACCUGUCAGCUUUGGAGCCAGUUGGAUGUGACUUGGCUGACAGGUUCAGAGGGAAAACCAGAGCCAACAUCUUUGGAAGAUGCCAUUCAGAGUUGGACUCUGAACCAGACCUUCAGGACAAUAUGUGCCUGUGAAUUCAAGGCCUGCAAUCCAGAAAUAGCAGGGAGUGGAGGGGCUGGACCCACAGUGGGACAACCUUCAUGGAGGUCACCAUGGAAUGUCUUCUGGACAAAGCCUGGCUAUAUUUGGGAGUAUCACCAGGUGAUGAAGAACAGGACACCCCUGGAGGAGUUUGAGGUGCUGGACCACCUUGGCAGGAUAUUUUCUGUCCUUCAGACAUUACCUGAUGCGACCAAAGGGAGUGAAAAGAGUCCUGGGAAGACAUGGCAGGUGGAGGGUGAGAAGGUGGUUCUGGUGACAAAUCCCAAGUUCUACAAGAUCGAGGGGAUCUCCACUGAGAAGGAACAGCAACAGGCCAGGAGAUGA